GACCUUUUCCUUGCCUUUUAAUUCUCUACAUUUAAUUACAGCUAGUCAUAAGGUCAAGGAGUUUUAAGUUGAUCUGAACUUUUCACUAUGGAGAUCAACCAGGACGGAAAAAAGAGUUCCCUCAUUUUAUUGAAGCAGGGGGCCGAAGCUAGAGUGUUUGAGUCAACAUUUAUGGGAAGGAGGUCAAUUAUUAAGGAACGUUUCUCAAAGAAGUACAGGCAUCCAUCUUUAGACACUAAACUGACCCAUAAACGCUUGAACACGGAAGCACGUUGCAUGACGAAAGCAAGACGGCUUGGUGUUUCCACUCCAGUAUUGUAUGCUUUGGAUACUGUGCUGCAUACCCUAACAUUUGAAUACGUGGAAGGCCGUGUUGUCAAAGAAAUUUUUCUAGAUUUUGGGUUGAAUGGUCUUAACCAGGAACUAAUGAAUGACAUCACAACACAGAUUGGUGAUGCAAUUGGAAAAUUACAUGAUGGUGGUCUGAUUCAUGGUGAUUUGACAACAUCAAAUAUGUUAUUCCGAAAUGGUACCAACGAGUUGAUUCUAAUAGACUUUGGUUUGAGCUUUACAUCAACACUACCAGAAGAUAAAGCUGUUGACUUGUAUGUACUUGAGAGAGCUUUACUCUCAAUGCAUUCGUCUUGUGGGAAUGUGAUGGAUCAGAUACUAGCUGCAUACAGGAAAACAUCAAAGCAAUGGUCUUCCACAUUUAACAAGCUAGGCCAAGUACGACAGAGAGGUCGGAAGCGCACCAUGGUUGGAUGAGCCCUCUUCAACAUAAUCACCUGCACAUUUAGUAAUCCGUAAGGGGGGAGAG